GUAAAAGAAUAAAAAAUGUCUUUGAUCCCAAGCAUGGAGGAUUCUCCGGCGGCGUUGAUGGGAAGCCUAGGGCAGUUGGAGUGGAAGGAGACGGCGGAGGCGCACGUGCUAAAGGCGGAGGUGGAGGACGGAAGAGUUCUUCAGGUGAGUGGGGAGAGGAACAUCCAAAUUCAUGACCACACCCUUCACCGCACCACUUCCAAGUUCAAGAGAUCUUUCACGCUUCCCGCCAAUGCCAAACUUGAUCACCUCAAAGCUUCCAUUGAAAAUGGCCUUCUCACUGUCACUGUUCCCAAGAUCACUCAUUCCAUGCCCAUUCAUAAUUCCUAAUCACAACAUCCUUCAUGCUCUUUUUCA